AUGAAGAAGGAAGUAGAUUUUAACCUCCUCUACGACGAGGAAAAGAAAAACUUGGUGGGGUUGCUAAUAGAAAACAAUUUUGACGAAAUAUACGAGCCAAUAACCACAGAAAGUCUCAGAUUUUUCUUACCGCUCAACGGAGCGUGCCUAAUCGAUUAUCAAUUACAUUUCUUCAAACAAAAUAAUAUUAAAAAAAUUUACAUAGUGGUGACUCAUCACGAGAAGGAGUUGCAGCAUUACAUUGAGAAAUUUCAGAAAAGCAAAAAAAGGUACAACGAUUUAGACAUUGAAAUAAUUAAACUGAGCAAAAAGGUAAAAACAUUAGGUGACGCAUUGCGGGACUUUAAAAAAUGUGUGGAGAUUUAUCAAGACAUAUUAUUGCUCCUUUCUGAUACAAUUCCAAUUGCAAAUAUAAAAGAAAUUAUAAAAGCUCAUUUUGUAAACAAGGAAAAAUGUAAAAAUCAAAUUAUGACUCUUAUCCUAUCCCAUUGUAGUGAUGAAAAUAAAUCCCACAAUGACGAUUUUGUCAUUGCGUAUGAUAAUUUUUCCUUCAAGCUUCUCCUAUUUGAACCCCUAAAAAAUAAAAAUUAUUUAAUAUUGACUAGCGAAAUAUUUGAUGAGGUAAAGCCUAAGGAUGGGAAGAAGGGGACAAGUGGCGCAGGUGCCACCGGAAUGAAUGCCGGUGGGAAGAAGGAACAAAAGUCUUCUCUCUCCAAAGUAGGAGAAAAUAAAGAAUACCAUGCACCAACCAUCAAUUUUAGUACCUCCACCAACUCGAUAAUUAUCUCAUAUGACCUUGUAAUGCCAAACAUUUUUAUUAUCACCCCGCAAGUUUUCAAAUUAUUUGAAGAGAAUUUUGACUACCAAUGCAUGAGGAAGGAUUUUAUUUACAAUAUCCUGAAGCAGGAAAUUAAAAUAGAAGAAAUUUACGUGCAUGCUUUGAACAACGAUUAUAACUACACAGAAUGUAACCAGAUAAUUACAACCUUGACAGAUUUUCGGAUUUAUUUUAAAUUUUUUAAAACAUUAAUUGAGAGAAAUGUUCACCCCUUUUUAGCCAACUCUUCGCACCUUUUGCCUGACCUACCCAAAUUUAUUUUUUGCGAACCGAGAUUGUAUAAAGCCAAAAAUGCCAUCAUUGAUGAUUCCUGUAAGUUACUAAAAAUUGUCUUGGUGGAAAAUUACACAGAGAUUUCAGAAAAAACACUUAUUGAAAAUUCCGUCAUUUGUAAAAAUUGCAAAAUUGGAAAAAAUGUAAAAAUUGUGAACAGCAUCAUCGGGAAAAACUCUAUCUUAAAGGACAACGUAACGAUUAUCAGCUCCUUUAUCAGUGAGAAUAAUAUCAUUAACGAGAGUGUAUACAUUGACGAAUGCUGCGUUGUGGGGAAAAAUAUGAACAUCCCGGCUGGCACGAAAAUAGGGAAGUAUACAAGAUUAAGCGCGUUUAAACACCUAAAGGGGCAGUUGAAAGUGCGCAGGAGGAGCAAAGAACAGGACGACCAUUCCGCUGAGGAAAGGGAGAAGAAGGACUUUGCCCCGGACGGGAACGGCGGAGAGGCACCCACCCUGCAGUUCGAGCAGGAGGCCGUCACCAAGGAGAAUGAGGAAAACACGCUCAACGAGAGUACGCACAAGGACUGCGAAGAGGACGCAGGCGGGGAGAAGCAAGAGAAGGAAGGCAAGAAGGGGGUGAAAGAAGAGAAGGGAGAGGUGAAAGAAGAGAAGGAGGAGGUGAAUGAAGAGAAGGGAGAGGUGAAUGAAGUUGCUGAGGGGGUGAAUGAAGUUGCUGAGGAGGUGAAUGAAGUUGCUGAGGAGGUGAAUGAAGUUGCUGAGGAGGUGAAUGAAGUUUCUGAGGAGGUGAAAGAAGUGGAUGAGGAUGUGAAAGAAGAGAAGGAAGAGGUGAAUGAAGAGAAGGAAGAGAAGGAGCAGGUGAAAGAAGUGGAUGAGGAGGUGAAAGAAGAGAAAGAGGAGAAGAAAGAAAUGGAUGAGGAGGAGAAAGAAAUGGAUGCGGAUGUGAAAGAAGAGAAGGAGGAGGUUAAUGAAGAGAAGGGAGAGGUGAAUGAAGUGGCUGAGGAGGUGAAUGAAGAGAAGGAUGAGAAGGAGGAGGUGAAAGAAGUGGCUGAGGAGGCGAAUGCAGAGAAGGAAGAAUCGAAUGAAGUGGCUGAGGAGGCGAAUGCAGAGAAGGAAGAAGCGAAUGAAGUGGUUGAGGAGGCGAAUGCAGAGAAGGAAGAAGCGAAUGAAGUGUCUGAGGAGGCGAAUGCAGAGAAGGAAGAAGCGAAUGAAGUGGCUGAGGCGAAUGAAAUAGCAACGGACGCGAAAGAGGUGGUCGACGAAAACGAGGACGUCGCAGCAGAAGAACCACGUGAGCAUGACAUGCUGCACGGAGAGCCCUUUGAACUAAACAACUUCAUCGUAAAGACGAGGUACUCUGAGGACCAGCUGCGGCUUUUCUCCCUAAUCGGUGAUGCACAGAACUAUGGCAAGAUAAAAAUGACGAGCUUUUCAGAGUACGACUCGGAAGAGGAAAGUGACGAGGACUCCGUGUACUCGACAUCGAAAAACUACAGUACCAUGAGUGACACCAAUGUAAGUGACAAGGACGAUGAAUCCAAUUGUAACAGCACGGCAAACAUGAGUGACAUAAAUAAGCACUUUGACAAAAUAAAUUUUGAAAAUGAAAAGAAUUCUUUUGUAAAAGAAAUAUCAUUAUUAUGCAAAGAAGCAAUUGAAAAACCACAGCAUAUGAGUCACAAAAUUUUGGAAAUGAAAAGUUUCAGACUCUCCCUAAAUUACACAGACCUAGAUGUCAUCAUUUCAUUUUUCCCAAUUGUUUGGGAUUUCAUUAACAGCAUGGAGUUUGAUAAAGACACAUGGGUAGAAAAUUUUGACAAGGCAAAAUUGGACUUGUUAUUUUCGUCGUUUCUUCUGGACGAUCAUUUAUACUACGAGACCAUCUACGGGUUGAUUUUAGAUUUUUCCAAAAAGGAGUUCCUCACGAAUGACGUUCAAAAUAAUGUGUACGGCUCGGACAAGUUGUGCGCGGCGUUUGAGUACAUUUACCACUCGGAUAUUUUUGAGUUCAACUAUUUUAAUGA